AUGGCUCUGGUAGUUGCAGUGAUGCUCUUCGCAAUAUCGUUUCUCGGGUGCAUCACAGUGUUCUUCAUUGCACCUUCUCUCACGACGUCUCUCGCUACACGCAUAGAGAAAUCGCUCAACAACGUUGUCAGUGUUACGGAGAUGAGCACGCUGCCCACAUCGUGGAUGCCACAUGUGGUGGGUAUGUUGCAACACGGCCUGCAGGUGCUGCUCAUACCAUCGGUGCUGGUCGGAGCAGCGGGUAUGUGGGUUCUUGGUGAUCCGGAGCGACGGCGGCCAGGCAAGUGGCUCAUGGGCUACGGUCUGCUGGUGUUGGUCCACGGCUUCGUGCUUCUCUACUUUCUGCUCCGUGUUUUUUUCACCGGGCAGCUGGGCGUGUGGCAGAACACGUCACUCGAGCUCUUUCAAGACGUGCUGGAAAAACUGGAUGGCGAGGCGAGCCAGUGCCUCUGGGAGUACGCGUAUCCCUGCUCCGGUUUCAGCUCGUGCUGCGUGACCAACACAGCUUCACUGAACGUGAGUGAAGAGGAGCUGAUGGUGGACGAUGAGGUGUGGAGCUCCCUCUGCUUUGUCACGAUGCAGAAUGGCAAAGCCGUGAAGCGGCGCCGUGACCACCACAACAACGGCUUUUUGGAAGACGUCACAAAAGUGGUGCAAGAUCAGUGCGGAACGAUCACCGCGCACAUUGACGUCAACGAGGACUACCCACUCUAUUCCACCGCCUGCGCACUUGCCAAUAGGUCGGUGAUAAUUUCACCGGCACACUCCACAUCUUGCGAGGACUACUUCAUUGGCCACUUAUCUGCGACAAUUGGCUUCGAUAUGUGUCUCCUUUUCGGAAUGACGGUCUGCAGCCUCGUGGCCGGCUUCGCUGCUCUCAUCACCAACCAUCAGCGGUCCCGCUCAUCCGACUUCAUGCCUUUGAACUCGCCGUGCUCAUCAGCCAAAGAGAGCGCUAUGAUGCUAAAGGGAGAGGGCGCUGACGACUGUCGCGGAGCGAACCGAAAACGCAGCUGA